UGCAACACAAACAGCUGUUUACAAAAACAAAACCAAACGAAACAGCGAAAAAUAUUUGCAAUUUAUCAAAUCUAAAUUAAAUAAGGUUAACACGAGCUCAGUUGGAAGAACAACAUCGAUUUAGGUAUGUUCUGCUGCCUACGCACCUGUCUCAAUGGCGGACACAUGAGGAAGCCCACGGCAGCUGCGAGUCGUCUCCGGGAGCCCGAUGUUCACCUUGAUGCAGCACAUAUGGGACCUGAUGUAAUCCUGCUGUCUCAUCAGCUGCGGGUUACAGGCACCGGUGGCGUUUUGGCCACCGCUCCCUUGGUCCAAUCGAAAUCCUAUUUCGAGGUGAAGAUCCAGCAGGGAGGCAGUUGGUCCGUGGGACUGGCAACCCGGCAAACGGAUCUCAGUCGCAAGAGCGGAGGUGGGGAUCGCGAAUCCUGGUGCCUGUGCUCUGACAAUGCCACGCGUCACAAUGACCAGGAGGAGUUUCGACCGGUGGUGCAGGCAGCCUGCACCACCCAACCAUCAAGGACGACCAAUGGGAUCCUGAACAACAGUGCUGCCAAGGCGGCUGGUCUCAUCGCCAUUGAGGAUCUGCAGCAAGAAGAUCUGCUGAUGACCACCGGGGUGGCAUCAUCUGAUGUUGGCAUCGGUGAUUCAUUAGUUACAUCGCCACCGCGUGAUUUUCCCGACGAGGGUGACAUUGUGGGCAUAGCCUUCGAUCAUGUGGAGCUAAAUUUCUAUUUCAAUGGAAAAAAUCUGGAGGUUCCCUUCCGGAAUGUGCGGGGCGCAGCAUUAUUUCCCGUAAUCUAUGUGGGCAACGGCGCCAUUCUGGACAUUAUUUUGGACAAUUUUUCGCAUGGUCCUCCACCUGGAUUUGAGCGUAUACUUCUGGAACAGUCGUUACUUUAAAAAGUCCAUAAAAAAGCCUUGAACAAAUGAACAGCUUGAGAACAAAAAACAUUGAAGAGAUAACGAAAAGACAGUGCGUUUUAGGACUAUAGGACAGGACUUAAUUGCCGAAACGUAAAGCCUUUAGAGUAAGUUAAUCAACGAGCACUUAAUUCAACACAUUCGUUAAUUUAUUUUUGACAUUUUGAUGUAAAGAUUUUGAUCGUAUAGACAUAUAAUAUAAGUUUCAAAAGACAUGCGAUAAUCAUUGGGACUAUAAGCACUUAAUUAAAAUCACCAUUUGCCAUGUUUCCUCUCUAGUCAAAAAAAUGAACAUUUAGGAUACAUUUGAAUAAUUUGCAUCUUAUAGUCGUAAAAUGCACUGUUUUACUCAUUGACAUCAAGUGUAUAAACUUUGUAACCUCUCUAGUCCUUAUACUCCCCAAACCGAAAUGUAUUUCUUUUAUUUUACUAAUAUUUUGUAAAUUAUUUACGUAGCUUGACCUCGCGACUGCUUUUGUAUUAUACACAGACAUACUUAUAUACAGAUAUGAAUUUUUUUGUAGUAUCUAGAUCGCCACAAAUCAAUUCUGACUUCAUACACAUUCCAAUUUACAAUGGCAACGUACUCGAGCACGGAAUUACCUAACUAACCUUAAGAAUAUAUCUGUAUAUCUAAAUAAAUUAUAUCUACAUGUAUCAAA